AUGGUUUACACGAUGGACAUUGCCCCGCCCCGCACCAAGCCGCCCAGCACCAAGCCGCCCAGCACCAAGCCGCCCAGCACCAAGCCGCCCAGCACCAAGCCGCCCCGCACCAAGCCGCCCAGCACCAAGCCGCCCAGCACCAAGCCGCCCCGCACCAAGCCGCCCAGCACCAAGCCGCCCCGCACCAAGCCGCCCCGCACCAAGCCGCCCCGCACCAAGCCGCCCCGCACCAAGCCGCCCCGCACCAAUCCGCCCAGCACCAAGCCGCCCAGCACCAAGCCGCCCCGCACCAAGCCGCCCAGCACCAAGCCGCCCCGCACCAAGCCGCCCCGCACCAAUCCGCCCAGCACCAAGCCGCCCAGCACCAAGCCGCCCCGCACCAAGCCGCCCAGCACCAAGCCGCCCCGCACCAAGCCGCCCAGCACCAAGCCGCCCAGCACCAAGCCGCCCCGCACCAAGCCGCCCAGCACCAAGCCGCCCAGCACCAAGCCGCCCCGCACCAAGCCGCCCCGCACCAAGCCGCCCAGCACCAAGCCGCCCAGCACCAAGCCGCCCAGCACCAAGCCGCCCCGCACCAAGCCGCCCCGCACCAAGCCGCCCAGCACCAAGCCGCCCCGCACCAAGCCGCCCCGCACCAAGCCGCCCCGCACCAAGCCGCCCCGCACCAAGCCGCCCCGCACCAAUCCGCCCAGCACCAAGCCGCCCAGCACCAAGCCGCCCCGCACCAAGCCGCCCAGCACCAAGCCGCCCCGCACCAAGCCGCCCCGCACCAAUCCGCCCAGCACCAAGCCGCCCAGCACCAAGCCGCCCCGCACCAAGCCGCCCAGCACCAAGCCGCCCCGCACCAAGCCGCCCAGCACCAAGCCGCCCCGCACCAAGCCGCCCAGCACCAAGCCGCCCAGCACCAAGCCGCCCCGCACCAAGCCGCCCCGCACCAAGCCGCCCAGCACCAAGCCGCCCAGCACCAAGCCGCCCAGCACCAAGCCGCCCCGCACCAAGCCGCCCCGCACCAAGCCGCCCAGCACCAAGCCGCCCAGCACCAAGCCGCCCCGCAUCAAGCCGCCCAGCACCAAGCCGCCCCGCACCAAGCCGCCCAGCACCAAGCCGCCCAGCACCAAGCCGCCCAGCACCAAGCCGCCCCGCAUCAAGCCGCCCAGCACCAAGCCGCCCCGCAUCAAGCCGCCCAGCACCAAGCCGCCCCGCACCAAGCCGCCCAGCACCAAGCCGCCCCGCACCAAGCCGCCCCGCAUCAAGCCGCCCCGCACCAAGCCGCCCAGCACCAAGCCGCCCAGCACCAAGCCGCCCCGCACCAAGCCGCCCCGCACCAAUCCGCCCAGCACCAAGCCGCCCAGCACCAAGCCGCCCAGCAUCAAGCCGCCCAGCACCAAGCCGCCCCGCAUCAAGCCGCCCAGCACCAAGCCGCCCAGCACCAAGCCGCCCCGCAUCAAGCCGCCCCAGCACCAAGCCGCCCCGCACCAAGCCGCCCCGCAUCAAGCCGCCCCGCACCAAGCCGCCCAGCACCAAGCCGCCCAGCAUCAAGCCGCCCAGCACCAAGCCGCUCCGCACCAAGCCGCCCAGCACCAAGCCGCCCCGCACCAAGCCGCCCCGCAUCAAGCCGCCCCGCACCAAGCCGCCCAGCACCAAGCCGCCCAGCACCAAGCCGCCCCAGCAUCAAGCCGCCCAGCACCAAGCCGCCCCGCACCAAGCCGCCCCGCACCAAGCCGCCCCGCAUCAAGCCGCCCAGCAUCAAGCCGCCCAGCACCAAGCCGCUCCGCACCAAGCCGCCCAGCACCAAGCCGCCCCGCACCAAGCCGCCCCGCAUCAAGCCGCCCCGCACCAAGCCGCCCAGCACCAAGCCGCCCAGCACCAAGCCGCCCAGCAUCAAGCCGCCCAGCACCAAGCCGCCCCCGCACCAAGCCGCCCCGCAUCAAGCCGCCCAGCACCAAGCCGCCCCGCACCAAGCCGCCCCGCAUCAAGCCGCCCAGCACCAAGCCGCCCCGCACCAAGCCGCCCCGCAUCAAGCCGCCCCGCACCAAGCCGCCCAGCACCAAGCCGCCCAGCAUCAAGCCGCCCCGCACCAAGCCGCCCAGCAUCAAGCCGCCCAGCACCAAGCCGCUCCGCACCAAGCCGCUCCGCACCAAGCCGCUCCGCACCAAGCCGCCCCGCACCAAGCCGCUCCGCACCAAGCCGCCCAGCACCAAGCCGCCCAGCACCAAGCCGCCCAGCACCAAGCCGCCCAGCACCAAGCCGCCCAGCACCAAGCCGCCCAGCACCAAGCCGCCCAAGCUGCAAAUACUCCUCCCCCUGGCCUCCCCCGGGCCUCCCCCUGGCCUCCCCCUGGCCUCCCCCUGGCCUCCCCCUGGCCUCCCCCGGGCCUCCCCCUGGCCUCCCCCUGGCCUCCCCCUGGCCUCCCUGCAGUAA